AUGUACACCCUUGGUGGUUUGGUUUGUCCGGAGUACCACCCAGACACCAGUAUGUGGACACACAACUAUUUUCACGAUGCCGGACUUCUGAAUUUUUCUACGAAGAAACCCUCUUUUCACGUUACGGAUAUAUUGCAUGUACACAGCGGAACCACGCCCCUACUGUCGUGUCACCCGCCGGGCGUGCUUCCCCCGGGGUGCCAGCAAUCCCCCUCCGCUCUCGGGCCCCUGAAAGCCUUUUGUACCACCAAGAGAGUACAGCGGUAUGUGACGGAUGGGGAGGAUCGAAGAACCAGUGAAUCCCGGGCCCCGGGGGUGACGGGACAAUCCAAACAUCUUAAAUUCGGAAUCAACAGAAUUUUAUCGGAGGAUUUCGGCAGGAAAUCUAGCGAGAAAG